AUGAGUGAGCCCGCCAUCAAGACUUCGCAGCGCGUGUCACGGUCGUGCAUCGAGUGCGGGCGCCGCAAAAUCAAAUGCGACAAGAAGAGCCCCUGCCAGCCAUGCAUCCGCAGGAAUGCUGCCCACGAGUGCAAGCGGCCGAUUGCACGGGUGAGGGGCCAGUUGACUGUCUACACGGCCGAAGACGCUGGUAGCCCAGCAGACAUUCAACUGCAAGACUUGCUCCGUGAACGCAAUGCCCUCCAGGCGCAAAUUGCCGAGCUCGAGACGGCUCUUGCUCUGUCCAAGCCAUGUGGCCACAGCCGCACCAGUGAAUCCACAGAUUACACACAGCCCGCAGCAACACUCGAGGACCUAGUUCCGGCCUUUGAGCAGUUCGAUCUCGGCAUCAAGGUGGGCGCAGCCGCCCGAGCCGGGGCCGAGAAAGCGAUUCUCAAUGGUCUCUACGAGCCCGCAGCUGAUCCACUAUUUCUGCUUCUUCCGAGUCGGGAUGCCAGCCUUGGCAUUGUAACUUUUUCCCUGCAAACCCUUGGCUGGAUACACUGUGCCGUCAACGCCAACGACUUCCUGGCCGAGCAUCACGACUUUUGGAAAAAUGUAGAACUUGGUACCGGCAUCAAGCCCGAACAAAGGCCAUGGGUUGCUCUUUAUUUUGCUGUCCUGGCUGUCGGCAUCCUCUAUUCCGACCCAGAAGAUGUACCGAGUGCAGCCCACCUUCCCCAGCUCGGCAUGCCUCGUGCUGAUCCUAUUUCCCUUGCUGUCGAUACUUCUCAUCUCUGGUAUGAGGCUGCACUCAAAGAACUACAAAGACACGGCUUCAGCGGUACUCCGUCACUUUGCACUGUCCAAGCUAUUGUAGUCUUAAGCCUAUGUCACUCCAACUUUGGCGAGCACCAAAGGGAAUGGCUCAUUUCUAGCUUUGCAACAAGCAUGGCAAGGCUUCUCGACAUGCACAAGCUUGGCAAUGAAACAAACUGCUCAAAGGAUAUUUGUCGAAGGCCAGAAUGGUCUUCACCUGUGCAGCGCGAAUUGGGUCGUCGUUUGUGGUGGACCUGUGUCAUUCGCGACUGGCUUGGGAGCUGGGUUCGACCGCCAUCCAUAUCACCCGCCAGCUUUUGCUGUCAGGCUUCUACUGCAAGCAACCAUGGAGAAUACUUCAUGCCUAGCUUCUACACGAUUGGUAGUCCUGACUCCACCGAAUCUACCAAUUUAGAGCCUCCUUCUCCUGCACAUUACCACUCAAUCUUGUGCCGUCUUUCUUACAUAGUAUACAUUUACAUCAAAGCAAAUACUCACCAGACUCACCUGAAGUUUGUAAAGGCUAUAGAGGAGAUCACUGCCGUCCGGAGAGAUCUACCCCUCCAUCUAUCGCCAGGCUUCCCUGCCAACGAAGAUGAUAUAAUAUGGGAAUCUGAGUAUCCUUGGGUUUCAUUCCAGCGAUACCUAAUUGCUUACGUUUUCGACUUCCUCCUGUUGUCCAUCGCCCGUGUACUCAACCCACAUGAAUCCAGAGAUGAUAGUACGAAUUACAGGCAACUUGCCCUUGAAUCGGCCAAUCGCAUCUUGGACCACUAUGCGAAGCCGGUCCCAAGAGUAUAUAGGCUAGUGUGGACCGUAUCAGCAGCAACGGUCGCUGCCGCUGUCUACAUAUCGCUAGAUAUGCUUGCCAACUCCCACGAUUAUCGUGGUGAUUCCCGAAACCACAUCAUCGGUCUAUUGAGACAGGCUUCUGUCGAGUUGAAGAAGCACGCAGCUGUCGCCGUCCACGCUGCCAAAGGUUCCGCAAUGAUCGAAGGUCUUUUGCCUCUACUAGAGCAGCAUGAUUUUGAUCGUCCUCGCACUUCUUAUUCCAUGCAAGACCUGCUGCAGCAGCUUGCAGUAGCAGAUCUAGGCGUGCCGUCCAACCCAUCGAUCAACACGGGUCCUGUAAUCGACGGCUUGCCUCACGUUAGCAACGGCGACACCAUGGGUAUCUUUGAUGGAACUGGAAACACAAUCGACGGAACUUAUGCAAUCACAGAAUGGGAGCAUGUGUUCUCACAGUUAUAA